AUGCAGUUGCCAGGCAUCGACCGCGAGAAAUGUUUGGCAUUCUUAUCAAGCCUUGUCCAAAUAAAGAGCUAUUCACAGACCGAUGGGGAAUUGGUGGUGACUAAUUACAUUGCUCAGCGUAUGAGAGAGAUUGGACUCGAAACAGAGAUUGUACCAUUCGACAAUGGGAAACGGCAGAAUGCAGUGGGAAUCUGGAGAGGCAAAGGAGAUCAGUGGAAGCGCCACCCUUCAUCACGCCAAGCGAAAUCUCUCCUUUUCAAUGGUCAUUUGGACACCAAUCCCGUUAGUGGAGGAUGGACGAUAGAUCCAUGGGAAGGGAAAAUCGACGAUGACUUCAUCUACGGCAUUGGCGUUAGCAACAUGAAAUCAGGGUGUGCCGCCUACUUCUGUGCUGUUGAAGCCUUGAAAGCUAGCGGCUGGAGACCCAGAGCUGAUGUUACUUUGACAUACGUGGUGGGCGAGCUACAAGGGGGAGUUGGCACGAUGGCCUUGAUAGAGCGAGGCAAAGCUAAGGCAGACUACUUCAUCAACUGCGAGCCUUCCGAUAUCAGGGCCAUCACGAUGCAUGCCGAGGCAUUGACUUUCGAAAUUACCUUGAGAGGAAUCACUAGACAUAUGUCAGCAAGGGAAGAGGCAGCAGAUGCAAUCAUGGCAGCCUGCCGGCUGAUUCCGAGGUUGAACGGUAUGGUGUUCAGUGGGGCAAAGAGCAACGAUCACCUGAAAUGCAAUCGUUGCCAGGUCGGCGUCGUCCAUGGUGCAUUGGGCGACGAGCUGGCCGAAUGGCGUCCACCUCAGGUGGCAGAUGUGUGCAAAAUUGCUGGCAGCGCAAGGUAUGCCCCGGGUCAGACACAGAAGAGUGUUAUGAGGGAUCUAGCUGCAGUUAUCGACGAGAUUGUCCUCGGCUUCCCAGGCAUGAAGUACGAACUCAAGCAGAGGAGCGAGCCUACAAUGCCCUCGUUUGAGGUAUCUCCAGCAUCUCCACUGGUCAAGUCUCUGAAUGAGGCCUACCAGGGCGUAAGGGGAGAGCCACAGCCAACUGGCGUCAUCGCACCGACAUGCUUCUACGGCUCUGACGCUGGCCACCUAUACAAAAGCCUAGGUAUGGAAGGUAUUGUUUGUGGUCCAGGUGGGAAGUAUAAUACUAGACCCGAUGAAAAGGUAGAUAUUCCAGAUUAUCUGGACUGUAUCAGGAUGUUUAUGAGGGUGAUUGUAGAUAUCUGCGGCUAG